ACGACAUUUUUGGCGGAAACACGGCUACUUAAUUAUGCGAAAACAUGGCUGCGGCCAGGUUAGCCAUUAUUUGUAGAAUAGUCCCGGCUGCGCUGAAGGUUUCCGGGUCGUUAAUAACUCCAAAGACCCCCGCUAGCACAGGGUUUUCUCUUAGUUUGUUACCUAAGAAUGUACCAAAUGUCACAUCCUUUUACCAGUGUAAAUUCCUUCAUACCACAUUGUCAAGGAAAGGACUUGAAGAAUUUUUUGAUGAUCCAAAGAAUUGGGGAGAAGAAAAAGUAAAAUCUGGAGCUGCAUGGACUUGUCAGCAGUUAAGGAACAAAAGUAAUGAAGAUUUACAUAAACUUUGGUAUGUCCUACUGAAAGAAAGAAACAUGCUUCUAACUCUCGAGCAGGAGGCUAAGAGGCAGAGAUUGCCAAUGCCAAGUCCAGAGCGGUUAGAAAAGGUGGUUGAUUCAAUGGAUGCAUUAGAUAAAGUUGUCCAGGAAAGAGAAGAUGCAUUAAGGCUUCUUCAGACUGGUCAGGAAAAAGCUAGACCUGGUGCUUGGAGAAGAGACAUCUUUGGAAGAGUCAUCUGGCACAAGUUCAAGCAGUGGCCUAUACCUUGGUACCUAAAUAAAAGAUACAAUAGGAAACGAUUCUUUGCAAUGCCUUACGUGGAUCAUUUUCUGAGAUUGAGGCUUGAGAAACAAGCCCGCCUCAAAGCAAGAAAGCAAAGUUUAGAGAAAAAGAAAGAAAAACGUCUUCAAGAAAAGUUUCCACAUCUUGCUGAAGCUCAGAAGUCAAGUUCUGUCUAAAAAGUCUGACUUGUUAAUUUACUAUGUGUUUUUUCUUGUAUAAUUGUCUAUAUACAAAAGUAAAUAUAUGUUAAGUGGUUUAUAAAGAAAUUGUGCUUUUGAUCAAAUGACCUAUCAGUUGUCCUGAGGGUUAACAUGGCAUGUAAAUUGUCAAAGAGGUCUGUCGCCUAUAAGAUUUUUUACAAAUCCAGCAUAAAGUUCAGAUUAAAUUAAAUCCUGACAUCUAAA